AGAGAGGAGCUGGAUUGAGUCGCGAUAUGGACGGACUGUUUCACCAGUGGGGACCGUCCCCGGUGUCCCAAGGCCAUCCGUACGUGGAGAUAAUCGAGCAGCCGAAAGCACGAGGGAUGCGUUUCCGCUAUAAGUGUGAGGGUCGAUCCGCCGGCAGCAUCCCCGGAGAGAAGAGCAACGACACCACAAAGACACACCCCGCCAUCAAGGUGUGCUCCUACACGAGGCCGCUGAGAGUGCGGAUCUCCUUGGUAACCAAGAACCAGCCGUACAAGCCACACCCACACGAGCUGGUGGGCAAAGACUGCAAACACGGAUAUUAUGAAGCAGACCUACAGGAGCGGAGGAUACACAGUUUCCAGAAUCUGGGUAUUCAGUGUGUGAAGAAGAAGGAUGUGGGAGACGCAGUUUCCUGUCGCCUGCAAACACAGAACAACCCCUUUAAUAUUCCUGAUGCCAAGAUCUGGGAGGACGAGUACGACCUGAACGCGGUGCGCCUGUGUUUCCAGGUGUCCAUCACGCUGCCCAGCGGAGAGCUGUUUCCUCUGGAGCCCGUCGUGUCUCAGCCCAUCUAUGACAACCGCGCUCCCAACACAGCUGAGCUCAAGAUCUGCCGCGUCAACCGGAACUCCGGCAGCUGCCGAGGAGGAGACGAGAUCUUCCUGCUGUGUGAUAAAGUGCAGAAAGAGGACAUCGAGGUGCGUUUCUUCCAGGACUCGUGGGAGAGCAAGGGCUCGUUCUCUCAGGCUGACGUUCACCGGCAGGUGGCUAUCGUCUUCCGCACGCCUCCGUACCGCGACCCUAACCUGACGGAGCCGGUGCGUGUGAAGAUGCAGCUGCGCAGGCCGUCCGACCGCGAGGUCAGCGAGCCCAUGGACUUCCAGUACCUGCCGGCGGACCCGGAUGAGCACCGGCUGAUGGAGAAGCGCAAGAGAACCGAAGGCAUGCUGCAGAACCUCAAACUGAGCAGCAUCAUCACAGGUGUGUGUGUGUGUGUGUGUGUGUCUCAUCAUCACAGGCCGUUUGGUGUUUAUUAUAGAUAACUGGGCAUCUCUAAACCCACAGCGGCCAGCAGCCUCCCAGCAGUGGCGUCUGCAGGAGCAGCGGUGAAGCCGCAGACGUCCUCGUUCUUCGCUCCGGCUGCGGGUCCGGCUCCGGGUCAGUUGUUCGCUGCGUCCGCUCCGAGCUCGUCCAGCUCCACCAGUGACACCUGGAAGUUCCUCCAGAGUCUGACGGUGGACGCUCAACCCAAAGCAGCGGCGAGCGCCUUCUCGAGUCAGAGCACAGCUGCGGCCGGCCUCACGCAGGACUUCCCCACCGUCAACCUGUCCGACCUGCACGACUUCACGCUCAACAACUUCAUCUCACACGACCAGAUGAGCGCGCCGCCCCCCGCGGAGCCCGUGCAGAGCGCCGCCGCACCGGACUCGUUCAGCGCCGGGCCGUUCAGAGUCGAGGGCGACGACGAGAUCCCAGAGUUCCCCAGCUUCUCAGAAGUGCAGAGCUCCGACGUCGACAACAUCAACAUCGAGGAUUUCCAAGCCCUGCUGGUUCAGAGCGGUCUUCCCGGAGAAGCGGGGCUGGCGAUGGGGAAGCCGGAGCCGGAGCACACGGGGAACUCCACCUGGAUGUCCUUCCCGCCCAGCAUCGCCAGCCUCAUCCAGAACGAGAGCAUGAUGGAGAGCGCGGCUCCCCCGGCUCCCGCUGCCACCGGCGUCCUCGACGACCUGGACAUGCUGACCUCCAUCGAGGACGAACGCUUCAUGACCAUGUUCACCAGCAGCAGCCAGGUCAGCUUCCUGUCCGGACACCCCACCUAAACCCACGGCUGAGGAGCCACCACGCUUCUGAAGAAGCUGCUCAAACCCCGCUCUGUUUCAAGCCCCACACACACAUAUUAACGAGACUGAUUCAGACUUUGAUGGCUUCAGCGGUGGUGGUUUUCAUCAGUUGUGUAUCUCCUGUACAGUGUUUAUCUUGUUACAUCUCUCACCUUGUGCUCUAGAAGCAGGUUCACCAGCUAAACCAGAUUUCCCUGAAAACACACACACACACACACACAGUGCCUUAUUGAGCGGCUCGGCCAAUCACUGCGCAGACCCCACAGCCUCCUCGACCAAUGACUGCUGAGAACACUGACCUCCAGCGCUUACAGAGAACCAAGGGCCCAGUGAUUUCAGAAAUAUAUCACACAUGUUGUACAGUAGAGUGUACGUCUCCAUAAUAAUACAGUUUAACACACGUAAAGGAAUAUUGCACCAUUUUUUCAUUAUUAUAUAUAUAUAU